AUGGCUUGUUCAUUAUUCCUCGGGUGGCCGUCGAAUAGACUUCCCACUUUGCUGGAGAGGGAUUGUGACCGCCCGUCUCGACCGUUCUCUAAACCACCGAUGUAUGUAGAUCGAUUCAUACCGGUCAACCUCCCUUCCCUUACGAAAGCGUCGAUCGAGGCCGGAUUGGGCGACGGGAGAUUGAGCCUUGCGACCACCGCCAACACUAACGACCCUCGGACGCCCUGGGGUUUCUGCCUCGAUCUCAUCCCACGUCUCGCAAAGUGUGUUCUCUCUCUGUGUGUGCCCGGAAUAUUAAUAGCUCCCCGUAAUUACGAUCUCCUGAGCCUGGGACCGACCCCAAUGACGACAUUCGAAGCUUUGCCAAUCUCCUCAAUUCAGCUCCGUGUCUUCUCCGGCAUAAUCCCUGGUCUCCUUUCCUUUCCCAAGCUAGCUGUCUGGGAGCUCUGUCGACGCUAUUUGCACCUGCUGCAGCUAUCCAUGCUUCAAACUUCGGGACAGGCGAGGAUGGAGACUGGGCAGGGCAAAAGGGGACGUGAGGCGACCCAACUCGAGUCUAGACUGCUUAGACUAGAUACUAUCUACGAUUCUACUAUCUAUCUUCUCUCCUGGACGGAGGAUUCUGAUGCUUGCCGCAACUCGUUUAGCAAGUAG